UGGAAACCAGAGGGCACCCUCGAGCAGAAAGUCAGAGACUUUCAUAAAUUAUAUGACAGAAAUCCCUGUCAUGACAUCCACCGAUAAUAACAUGCAGAAGGAGAUUAUCUGUGUUCUUCAAGCCAUGUCAGAUAUGAUUAAAGAGGAGGAGGAGAGUAAAGAACUGAGUGAAGUGGAGGAGAAACAUCAUGUCAAACCUGGAGAAAAACCAACCUGCACUCAGUGUGGAAACGGCUUCACAACCAAACAACAUCUUGAGCUUCACAUGAGAAUUCAUACUGCCACUUAUCCCGCAAUCCUCUAUCAAAUAGUUAGUCUGCAGAUGUAAACAUAUUAUCAAUAUGAUUAAAGAGGAGGAGGAAAGUGAAGAAUUGAGUGAAGUGGAGGAGAAACAUCAUGUCAAACCUGGAGAAAAACCUUUGAGUUGCUCAAAGACUAAAAAGACAUUUUUAAAGAAAAGAAGAACCAAGAAAUCUUUCACCUGCACUCAGUGUGGAAAGAGUUUCACAACCAAACAGAGUCGUGAUGUUCACAUGAGAAUCCACACUGGAGAGAGACCAUUCACAUGUGAUCAGUGUGGAAAGAGUUUAUUAACCAAACAGAGUCUUGAUGUUCACAUGAGAAUCCACACUGGAGAGAGACCGUUCACAUGUGGUCAGUGUGGAAAGAGUUUCACAACCAAACAAAGUCUUAAUUUUCACAUGAGAGUUCAUACUGGUGAGAAGCCGUUCACAUGCGAUCAGUGUGGAAAGAGAAUCUCAAGCAAUCGUAAUCUUGAGAUUCACAUGAGGAUCCACACUGGAGAGAAGCCGUAUGUAUGCAGUCAAUGUGGAAACAGUUUCACAUCCAAACACAGUCUUGAUGUUCACUUUAGAGUUCAUACUGGAGAGAAGCCAUUCACAUGUGACCAGUGUGGAAAGAGCUUCUCAAACAAUCGUAAUCUUGAGAUUCACAUGAGGACCCACACCGGAGAGAAACCAUUCGCAUGUGAUCAAUGUGGCAAAACAUUUAUUGGGUCAUCAAACCUGAAGAAACACCUGACAGUUCAUACGAAGGAGAAGCCAUAUUCAUGUUCUGUGUGUGGAAAGAGUUUUUCACGGCGGCAAAGUUUACAAAAACAUCAGAAAAUACAUACUGAUGUGAGAGAGUACAUGUGCUUUGAGGGUGGGAAGACUUUUAUUUCAGGGAGCGAUUUUAAAAAACACCAGAGAAUUCACACCGGAGAAAAACAUUACAAGUGUUCAGACAACGACAAAAAAAUUAGUCUUUCAUCAUCUCUGAAAACACACAAGAGGAUCCACAUGGGAGAAAAACAUUACAAGUGUUCACACUGUGACAAGAGAUUCAGUGAUUCAUCAUCUCUGAAAAGACAUGAGAUGAUCCACACGGGAGAAAAACAUUACAAGUGUUCACACUGUGACAAGAGAUUCAAUGUGUCAGCAAAUCUGAAAACACAUGAGAGGAUCCACACUGGAGAAAAACCUUACAAGUGUUCACACUGUGACAUGAAAUUCAAUGUGUCAUCAAAUCUGAAAACACAUGAGAGGAUCCACACUGAAGAAAAACCUUACAAGUGUUCACACUGUGACAAGAGAUUCAGUCUGUCAUUAUCUCUGAAAAGACAUGAGAGGAUCCACACAGGAGAAAAAUAUUUCAAGUGUUCACACUGUGACAAGAGAUUCAGUCAGUCAUCACAUCUGAAAAGACAUGAGAUGAUCCACAUGGGAGAAAAACUUUACAAAUGUUCAUACUGUGACAAGAGAUUCAAUGUGUCAGCAAAUCUGAAAACACAUGAGAGGAUCCACACUGGAGAAAAACAUUUCAAGUGUUCACACUGUGACAUGAGAUUCAAUGUGUCAUCAAAUCUGAAAACACAUGAGAGGAUCCACACUGGAGAAAAACCUUACAAGUGUUCACACUGUGACAAGAGAUUCAGUCUGUCAUCACAUCUGAAAAGACAUGAGAGGAUCCACACAGGAGAAAAACAUUUCAAGUGUUCACACUGUGACAAGAGAUUCAGUGAUUCAUCAUCUCUGAAAAGACAUGAGAGGAUCCACACGGGAGAAAAACAUUUCAAGUGUUCACACUGUGACAAGAGAUUCAAUGUGUCAGCAAAUCUGAAAACACAUGAGAGGAUCCACACUGGAGAAAAACAUUUCAAGUGUUCACACUGUGACAAGAGAUUCAGUGUGUCAUCAAAUCUGAAAACACAUGAGAGGAUCCACACUGGAGAAAAACAUUACAAGUGUUCACACUGUGACAUGAGAUUCAGUGUGUCAUCAAAUCUGAAAACACAUGAGAGGAUCCACACUGGAGAAAAACAUUACAAGUGUUCACACUGUGACAAGAGAUUCAGUCUGUCAUCGUCUCUGAAAAAACAUGAGAGGAUCCACAGCAGAGAGAAGCCACGUGUGUAAAACUGUAGAAACUGGAAAAUAGGGUAACUCUCAGAGAAAAACAAAAGAAAUUAACAUUUUAACUCCUUGCAAAAUUUUAAUCCCCACCGAGACUCAAAGUUUGAUUGUCUCUGUGUUUAAAUAAAAGUGUUUUCUGAUGAAA